CCACUACCUAACUUCUUCACCUAAAUAAAUUCAAAUGUUACCAUUCCCCCAUAUGCAUAGGAAGCAAGCUCAAUCUGCAACACCAUGAACACUGAAGUAAAAGCCUUCGACGAUGCCAAGACCGGCGUUAAAGGUUUAGUCCAAAGCGGCAUAACUCAAGUUCCUAAAUUCUUCAUAAACCCCCAAAUUGAUCCACAACAAACACUCAUCACCUCACACAACGCCCAAUUCGAGUUCCCAUUGCUUGAUCUAGAAGGCGUCGGCGACGAUCCGAUCAAGCGCAAGGCCGUUGUUGACGCCGUUCGCGAAGCUUCCGAGACUUGGGGCUUCUUCCAAGUGGUGAACCAUGGGAUUCCGGAGGCUGUAUUGGAGGAUAUGAUCGACGGGGUGCACCGUUUCUUCGAUCAAGACGAUGAAGAGAAGAAGAAGUGGUAUACAAGGGAUUUGAAAGCGAGGGUUGUUUACAACAGCAAUUUCGAUUUGUAUAGCGCUCCGUCGGCUAAUUGGAGAGACACUGUUUACUGUGUAAUGGCGCCGGAUCUUCCUCCACCCGAGGAAUUGCCCUCUGUUUGCAGUGAUAUAAUGAUUGAAUACACAAAGCAAGUUUUGAAGCUAGGAAGAAGUUUGUUUCAACUAUUAUCCGAGGCACUCGGUCUCAAGGCCGAUCACCUCGUGGACAUGAAAUGCGCGGAUGGGAUGGCUAUGUUGAUGCAUUACUACCCGGAAUGCCCUCAGCCGGAGCUAACUCUAGGCACAAGCAAGCACGCUGACAGCGACUUCCUAACGGUGCUUCUGACCGACCAAGUACGAGGCCUGCAAGUGCUCUACCAGAACCAGUGGGUUGAUGUGCCCUUUGUGGCAGGAGCUCUAGUGGUAAAUAUUGGUGAUCUUCUCCAGCUUGUAACAAAUGACAGGUUUGUUAGUGCUGAGCAUAGAGUGUUAGUGAAUAGCUCGACCUCGAGAGUUUCAGUCGCGUGUUUCUUAAGAGACCCUAGCAGGUCCACGGAGCUCUACUGGCCGAUUGAAGAGCUCAUAUCAGAAGAUAACCCCCCGAGGUAUAGGGCAACUACUUCGGAAGAGUAUAUCACCCACUUCAACUCCAAGGGGCUGGAUGGAACAUCUGCUUUGUCACAUUUUCGAGUUUAAACUUGAUUUAAUCAACAUUGAUAGGGGUUGGAGAAGGUAGAAUAUGAUGAAGAUGAUGUAGAGUUCGUGUUUAUCAGUGGUUUGGAUAGGCUGGGUUGCUUGGACAAAAUAUUUAAUUAACACAAAAAGCAGAAAUUCUUGGCCCAAUUCUGUUGGGCCAGAGUUGUCAAUGGUUGAAUCAUUUUGUAUGGUUAUUGUGUGGUUGUUUGCAUCAUUAUAUCGUGUCAUUGUCAUGUCUUGACAAGUUUGUAUCA